UAAUUGCGAGAUUAAAGAUGCUUUCUUAUUUGUUGUAUCCAAAGAUCUGUCUAGUUCAACAGCGAUAGCUCGUACUUUAGAAUCAAACUUACUUAUCGUAUCUAUUCAUGAAAAUUCAACAUAAAGUUGUGAACAAGAGAUAAAAGUUUCGAAUAACCAAUUGUAAAAGAUUGUUUCAUUAGAUCUUCGCUAACCCUCGAUUCGUUUCAACCAUGGCGUCGGUUGAAGAAUUAGGCGUUUCUGCCCUUGUCUACGAUUAUUUACUGAAGAAGGAUGCAUCUUUAGCAAAAGUUUUCCAGAAGAAAACACAGGCGCCUCCAUUACCAAAAGGAGCACCUACUAUACAAGAUGUAUUUCAAUAUUUUCAAAAGAGUUCGCCGAAGAAAAUUACAAUCAAGGCACAAGCGAAAGAUAGUAGUUUAGAUUCGAGCUCUGAAAGUGAAGAUGAGUCACCAAAAAAAGUAGUGCAAGUUAAUGGUAAAGUUACAGCUAAACCAGCUGUAACCACAAAAAAAGAAAUGUCUUCUUCAGAAGAAACUUCAAGUGAGGAUGAAAAACCAGCACCUAAAGUUGCUCAAAAAAUGCCAUUGAAUAAUGCAGUAAUAUCUAAGGCCACACCUCCUAAAAUAUUAGGAAAGGCAAAAGGAAAUGUUAAAGGAAUGCCUGUAAAAGAAGAGGAGAGCUCAGAGGAAAGUUCUACAGAAGAGGAAGAAGAGAAGCCAAAAUCACAAAUAAAAACAUCUGCAUUACCUAAAGUUAUUAAAACAUUAAAUGUAAACAAAGCUUCCAGUAGUGAAUCAGAUUCUGAAAGUGACGAAGAGGAAUCUAAAGUAAAAGUUGCUACUAAAUCUAGUAGUUCUUUGAAAUCUACACCAGCUCAGCAAGUAAAGAAGCAACAAAACAAAAAUGUAGAAUCCUCGAGCGAAGACAGUAGUGAUAAUGACGAGCAACCAACUGUUAAAGUAGUAAAAAAACCAGUUCCUACGCAACUACUAUUACUAAAAAAAGGUCCUACUAAAAAAGGAGCGAAAAAUGAAGAAUCGGAAACUUCGUCAACAAGCGAGGAACCGAAACCAAAAGUAACAUCCACACCAGUGGCUAAUAAAAGCAGUAUUUCUAAAAAGUCUGAAUCUUCAAGCGAAGAAUCUGAUGAUACUCAUGUAAAUCAAACGCCAUCAGCUGCAAAGCAAACACCUGCUCAAAAAGUAGUUCCACAAAAGAAAGGUGAAGUAGAUAAAAAAAAUACAAGUAAAAAAUCUGUUGUACUGGGACAAUCUAAACAAAAUAUAAGUAAAAAACAGUCAUCAUCAAGCGAAGACAGUAGCGAUGAAGAACCUAUGGCUAAGAAACCUACUUUGAAUAAAUCAGUAUCAGCAGUAAAACCGUCUGUAGUCGCGGUAAAGAAAGCAUCAUCUUCUGACGAAGAUAGUAGCGAGGAAGAACCAGUUUUUAAGAAAUCUACUCCUGCUAAACAAACACAAAAUUCAAUAAUCAAAAAAGCGAAGGCGAAGGAAGUAUCAUCCUCCAGCGAAGAGGAGAGUGAUAAUAAAGAAGCAGUUGUGCAGAAGACACCUGCAUCCACAAAGGGAACUGUUAAGAAAGAAGAAUCUUCUAGCGAUGAUUCCGAUGAUUCGGAUGAAGAUACAAAGGCAAAGGUACCAACAAAAAUUGUACCGACAAAAGUAUUAAAACCAGCACUAGAAAAGGUAGCACCAAAAAAAGAUUCAUCAAGUGACGAUUCCGACGAUUCUGAGGAAAUAUCCGCUUCCCCUGUAAAGCCAACACCUGUAAAAACUGUACCCAUUGCAAAAAGUAAAAAACAAGAGUCAAGUGAUGAAUCCGAUUCAGAUUCUUCUGAAGAGGAAAAGCCGAAGGUUGCACCAGUUUCUAAGACCGCAGUUAUUAAAAAAUCUACGGAUUCGAGCGAAGAAAGUGAUUCGAGCGUGGAAGAACAGCAAACGGUAAAACAGCCAACCCCGAAAGUUAAGACACCUGGUAAAGCAGAAAAAAGGAAAAAUACUGAAGAACAUGAAGAAAGUUUGCCUACAAAAGUUGCAAAGAAUAAUUAUAGCAAUUUUGUUAAAGCAAGUAAUAGCUUUAACGGGGAUAAGCAGCAAAGAAAUAAUACACCAUUUCGUCGAGUAAAGGACGAAGAUGUUUCAUUGGAUCCAAAAUUGGCUAACAAUUCCUUCGAGGCAAAGAAAGGUGCACGAGGUUCGUGGGGAGAAAAGGCUAAUCUGGAUUUACGACACACAAGAGGAAAGUCUUUUAGACAUGAAAAAACCAAGAAGAAGCGAGGUAGUUAUCGCGGUGGUCAAAUAGAUACAAGCGUUAACUCUAUUAAGUUCGAUGAUUAAUCAGUUUUAGUAGUUUAAGUCAAGUAACAUAAGCAUAUUUCAUUGGUUUCUAUUAUUUUAAAGAGACUGCUAAAUGGAAAUUGAAGAACAAAAUUAUGAAUCUGUUAUCCGAACAGUUGCUAUAUAUUUGUCUUGUCGAUUAAUCUCUUUCGUUAUAUAAAUAAUCAGCAUUCAUAGUUUUAACAUUAAAUGACCAUGUUUUAUAUCUGUGUAGAUGUAGAUAUGUUUUGUUUGUUUCACGUAAAAGAUGCAGUAUAGAGAUAUUUUCGCAUUACGAUUUGCGACUUACAUAUAUAUGAUUAUAAGUCAAAUCUAAUGACAAAUUAAGAAAGAUUAUUCUUAAAAUAAAUAGAUGUUCUAUUUGAGCAACUUUUAUGUUUAACUUAUAAUUUGAAUCGUUUCAAUUAAUUGUUCGAUUAUUGUCUAAAAUAUAUCACUUGAUUAUAUAAACUGUUUAUUGCAAUACUUAACGUGACGGAUAGUUUAUAUAGUAAAUCACAAUUUAUUAUCAACUUAUUUUUUCAUGUCUUAAUAUUUUCAUUUAUUAAUAAACGAUGGAAAUAAGAUUAUAUUUUUCAGAAUGAAUGAGAUUGUAUAUGUUACAAUCUAAUUUGCAUAGUUUUCAGGAUUGUAAUAAUAUCCUUAAAUAUCGUAUACGUGUAACUUAUGUAAGCGAACAUUCUCAUUGUCACAGGAACCGCUGUCAGAUUUAAAGGAAGAUUCUAAGCGUUUAUAUAACUUGUAUGAUAUAAUGAUCAUUUGUUGAUGAAAAAGAUAUUGAUAGAAGAGAAAAAAUAAAUAUAAAUGAAGGAACAAAUGA